AUGAGAAUCGACGACAUAAAAUUUAUUCUUUGUUGGACCAUGAUUGUUCGUCAAUAUGUGAUACAAUGUAAUGUUGCUUAUAUAACCUACUGUCCAUGCAUGGGUCGGCUUGGAAACCAGAUAGAACAGUUCCUAGGUAUGAUUGCAUUUGCAAUUAAACUAAACCGUACUCUUGUUUUGCCUCCAUGGAACAUUAUGUCAUCUUUGCAGGCUAAUUUUGUGCCUUUUGGAAACUUAUUUAACAUCACUACACUUCUACCAGUUCAUCAGUUUGUUUCACUGGAGAGUUUUAUGUUGAAUGAAGCUCCUGUCAUCUGGCCAGCAGCUAAACGUACAGCGUUAUGCUUUCGACCUAGAUCGGGUCCUUUAUUUAAUGAUUGUAAUGCUAAAAACGGGAAUCCUUUCAAAGAAUUUUGGGAUAAAUUUAAUGUCAGUUUCACAGGUUCUAGUUUCUAUUUUCCUCUAAGUACAGAUGAUCCUAAAGAGAAGUGGGAUCAGUUAUUUCCUUCAGAAACUUACCCAGUUCUUGCAUUCAUUGGACCGCCUUCGUCUUUCCCUGUUCGUCCUGAAAACCGUGUAUUCCAUCGUUAUUUAGAAUGGAAUAGUCAUAUUAAUCUAGUCACCGAGAAUUUUAUAAAUCGAUGGUUAAAUAAACCUGUAGUUGGAGUUCAUUUACGUAAUGGAGAGGAUUUUCGCUCAGUGCCAUGGUGA